AUGACUGUCACUCACUCUUCGACUGUGACCGCCGUCACGGCUCCCCGCGCCAAAGGCCCUCUCGGUCGUUAUCGUCUUUUGUCUCCCACCGCCUCAGUUCGUGUCAGUCCGCUGUGUUUGGGGGGCAUGAACUUCGGUAAUGCAUGGAAAGGCUACAUGGGAACUUGUGAUCAGAAUACUACCGAGAGUAUUCUGGACUCUUUCUACAGUCAAGGGGGGAACUUCCUCAAUACCUCGAACAACUACCAGGCCGAGGAGUCCGAGCGGUGGAUCGGAGAAUGGAUGAAGAAGCGCGGCGUGCGCGAUCAAAUGGUCGUCGCUACCAAAUUCUCGACCAACUUUCACGCUGGUCGCGGUGACAAGGAAAUCAUUGUCAAUUUUAAUGGGAAUGGCACCAAGAGCCUGCACACCUCGGUGCAUGCGAGUUUGGAGAAACUUCAAACCACCUACAUUGACCUGCUCUACGUGCACUGGUGGGAUUUUGGCACCUCGAUCCCCGAACUGAUGCAGUCGCUCAACCAUCUGGUCGCCGCCGAGAAAGUUCUCUUCCUCGGGGUGAGCGACACCCCGGCCUGGGUGGUGAGUAAAGCCAACGAGUAUGCACGCAACCAUGGCCUGCGUCCCUUCAGUGUCUAUCAGGGCCGGUGGAAUGCAGCCUCACGGGACUUUGAGCGGGAUAUCCUGCCCAUGUGUCAUGCGGAGGGCAUGGGGAUUGCCCCCUGGGGCGCCCUGGGGGGCGGUACCUUCGUGUCUGAAGCGAGGGACGAGCCCAUCGCCCUGACCUAUGUUACCAGCAAAGCCCCCUAUGUUUUCCCCAUCGUUGGCGGGCGCACGAUCGAUCAUUUGCGCGGAAACAUCGAGGCACUCACCAUCCGGCUCUCGGAGGAGGAGAUUCGCGAGAUCGAGGCUGCUGUACCAUUCGACCUGGGGUUUCCCAUGAACUUCUUGUAUGGGGGGAGCUCUGUGGUCGAGCACCCGGGGGCCGUCUGGUUUCUGCAGAUGGGAGGUGAGCUCGAACAUGUGCCAGAGCCGAAGCCAUUGUCCAAAGCAUGA